CAAAUCUGCUACCUCGUACACACAUUUAAGUGAUUCGAGUUCGUCUUUUGUAAAUGUAGCGCAAUGCGCGUGCGCUUUACUAAGGGCAUUAAACAAACAUGGCGGCGCCCUGUAGGAAAUUUGUGAGGUCGGUUCUUGUAAAAGGGUUUAAUAUGGUGCCUAGUCGAUGUCUGUGGACGUGUAGAAUGGAAAGCAAUAAAGAGUGUUUGGGCCUUGUAAAUCCCCGUUGUGUCCCGUGGUACAACCGUCCAAUGCACCCCUAUGGCCACAUGUUCUCCACCACUACAACCACAACAACCACCACUAAAACAGGCGCACAGGAAAGCCCCCCCACACACAAAACUACUGAGAAGAAAGAAACUGUGGAGGAGGAAGACGAGGACGAGGGUCCAGAGUACAUCCCCCAAAGAAAGGCUAAGAACCCCAUGAUGAAGAUUGGAUAUGCCUGGAUGAUAGGUCUACCUGCUGGUGUAAUAGGGUUCAUCCUGGCGAAGAGAGAGGUGGAUAAGAACCGUCUGAAGCAGCUAAGAGUCCGCCAGAGAAUGAAGAGAUCCAACGAGGGAGAGUACGAGGGGAGUCGCUACCGCAACACAGAUACAGCUAAACUGGACUGAUGAUGAAAGAGUACGAGGGGAGUCGCUACCGCAACACAGAAAUGGCUAAACUGGACUGAUGAUGAAAGCCGAAAGGGUACCACAGAUUCACAAUCCAAUUGGAUUUAUGAUGAUUGCUCAGAGAAUGCGAUGGUGUGAGAAUGAACUGUGUGGAUGCAGCCUACACUGUUGGGCAUGUUAUCUCAACAAAAAAACAAACAGUUAAACUUGUUUGUCCCUUAUGUAUGAUGCAGUAAAUCAGACAUCUUAAAUGGAUUGAAUGGUGAUAUAAAACCUUUAUUUGAUAAGAAAAGCAAAAACAAAACAAUGUGUGUUUAUUAAUGCUGUCUGUCCCUCAUAGCUUUAUACUGUAACAGUGACGUAUAUCCAGACUGUACCCUGUGUUUCCCUCAUAUCCUUCUAUAAUAGUGCAAAUGAAGGGGAUAUGACUUGGGUAAUUGUAUGCUCCUGAAACAUAUACAACUAGCUCUAAAGAUUAAUUUAUUUUCUGCUUUUUAUUGGGUCCAAGUUAAGAGGACCACUGAUUACUAGCAUACAUGUGAGGUGGGAGGAAGACUGAAUGAGACAAUACUAUAAUAGACAUGAGUCUACUAUAUCAUUAUCCUCCACAUGGGUGCUAAACAUUCAGUCUAUCGCAUUCUUUUUUACAGAGUAAUGAUAAUCGUACACCCGUAUUACCAAAAAGCGUAAUAUGAUUAUAUAACCUACAUAGAAGUAUAAAGAACACUUAAUUGACCAAUCAGAUCAUAAAUAGUAAUCAUGAAUAGAAUAAGAACAUGUCUCGACCAUCUCACUCCAGAAACACUUCAGGGUCACAAUAAAAACCGAACGCCAUGCAGAAACUCCUAGAACCAUUUUACCCAUAGUACAGUGACAUCAUCAGAAAACAGUAUUGCAAAAGGCAUUGUAGUUUAGUAUUUAGAUUAUCCCGUAUAAAAAAAAUCAUUUCAUUGGAAGUGAUUUCAUUUUUAUUAAAUAAAAAACAGCUAAUUUGUGUGUUAGCAUUAGCUAUACUACCUAUUAGCAAUAAUACCUACUCUUUAUUCUGAAUCAACUUCCAAUGCAUUUCAUAUACAUUAGAUCUACAAUAGUGUAAGGUCAAGGCAUCUGUUGUAUUUACCACAAUUGGAUUGUCGUCUUGUGACCAAAUUGGAUUGUUUACUUGAAACAGAUACCUUAUUGUUUGGCUAGAACACAAUGUUAUACACACACCAUUGCAGAUCCUUUUGAGUGCAUAUCUGACAAACACCAAAGACAAUUGUCAAUUUGCUAGUACAUAACUAAUAAUAAAUAUAUAUAAUUUCAUAUAUAUAUAUAUAUAUAUAUAUAUA